AUGGCAACCAGCAACGCCAACCACCAAGGUGCCAAAGGCCACAAUUCCCGCAUUGCGAGGAGAAUAAAAAGGAGGCAACAGUGUCAAGCUGCCGGGGCCGCUGCAAUGCAGCAAGAGGACCUUAGAGUUCACCUCCAGGCGAAAAAACAACAACAAAGCGAACUGGGAAUUAAACUGAAGGAACUAAUAGAGAACUCUUCCAAGAAUAGGACAACAACGAACUUGAUAAAUAUAAGCGAGUCAAAAUGUUAUGACCGCUUAUUCGACGAAUUAAUCGAAGUUAAGCAGAGCGUAGCAAAUAUGUCAAGCGCUAUGAACAAACUUUACGAUCAUGUAGCCUUUACAGUUAAUUCCAUCUAUAGUCAAGACCUAACCUCAAAGAAAACGGUGUCUGAAUGUGGUAUACAGACAGAUAUAUACCCGAUGAGUUCAAAUCUUGCUCACAUUGAUAAUCAAGGCACAAUCUUUAAGAAUGCGGUGUGUGAGAUCGGUAUUCAAACGGACGUUAACCCGGUAAACGAAAUUCUUACCCAGAAUAGAGUCAAAGAGCAUAUACCCAGUUCGUUUUACGAGCUUUCAACCGAUCUUGAGGGCACCAAAUUAGACAUCGUAAUUAUGGAACGCAAAAUUGCAAGUGGGGUUCGUGAGAAUGGUCAAGCAUUAGAUCAAACUCGUGCCGAAUUGGCAGAUAUCAGAGAUGAUCAGCAGAAAGCCGCACAUCGCGAUAAAGCAAUAAUAGAGUUAUUGUCAAAGCAAAACAAGUGCUCUCUCUGAUAAAGUUUAACUUUGUGCUUAGACUUGGAAAAAUUGAAAGCAAAUUUACAUAAAGUUGAACAAAAGCAUGUUUCUGAUCACCCUACUCAACGAUGCGUACAUAUAUAGUGGCCAAAACAACAAAAGGUCACGAAUCUGAAAAUCUUUUACUACAACAAAUAACUGUGAGAAACAGGUUAAUACCCCAGUUGACUCGUGUGUCAACUGUGCCCGAACCAACGAAUCUUCGUACCCGGUGACAAAAUACGAUAGUGUGACUAAACAAGAGGCCAAACUAACACAUCUACAUCAAGUCGGCCUUGAACAAUUAUCAAAUAACUCCAAAAGCGUCAACGACGUCAUCAACAACAAAGGUUUAAGCGGUAAAUUAAACCCCGAUACAAAUAAUAAACAGAAUUAUGAUCAUCCUUCCACUAGUCAGAUAAUUACUCACAAAUCCGUUAACGGAGAAAACAGAGUCACCACCCCGCGACCGGCACCACCGGAGUGGCUGAAAUGCUUGCCUUUGUUUGAUACACCGUACAACGAAUCAAGUAACAGUCCGACCAACAACAGCGUGACCAAACAUGAGGCCAAACUAACACACCCACAUCAAGAUGGCCUUAAACAAUUAUCAAACAACUCCAAAAACGUCAACGACAAAGGUUCAAGCGGCAAAUCAAACCCCGAUACCGUAAAUAAUAGACAGAAUUAUGGUCAUUCUCCCACUAGUCAGAAAAUUACUCACAGAUCCGUCAACGGAGAAAACAGUGUUCCCACCCCGCGACCGGCACCACCGGAGUGGCUGAAAUGCUUGCCUUUGAUUGACACACCGUACAACGAAUCAAGUAACAAUCUGGUUUUUCGCGGAAUCUUUGGAAGGCGGAAGACUCGUUGGGGAUCUCGCCGGGAGAAGUAUUCGGACAUAGUGAACUAA